UUUUCCAUUUUUAUGGACAGGGACUCUUAAGUUAUUGACAAAUACCAUUAUCGUGUGCGAAAAACGUUCGAGUCAUGGCACACUGCCAUGACUAUAAUGAGGCAGACAAUAAUUCUAGACCAUUACCAAGACAGUGUGCCAUUCCUUUAAUUAGUCUCUUUUCAUUAUUCAAAUUCCCGUUCGUUGUCACACUUUAAUUAUGCAUUUUCAUUCUUUAUUUUCCAUACUUUUUGCUGUUUAUAUUCAUUCAUUCAUGUCUUUUUUGAUCAUUCGUCCAAGGCUCUAGGUAGGCAGUCGAAAGCUUAUUCAUCUACCCUAAAUUUGCAACCAGUUUUAAUAUGUUUUACCCUGGUUGCUCGUCUAAUUAUUCGCUGUGAAACAGAAACUUACACUUGUUUUCUUCUUUAGAACGAUGAUAGCUAAGUGGUUUACAGUGGCUUCGGUUAUUGUCAUUGCACUUGGUACUACUCAGUUUCGAGCUAUUUUAGCGAAUGGUAACUCGUCCACAUCUGGCGACGAAAAAGAAGUCAAGGAAAACAAAAAUUUGUUUCUGGCCUGGAUCGAGAGGCCUCCAUACACAACAUCACCUUCCGAUGAAUCAUUAGACAACGACGUCCAUGGAUUGAUUCGAGACGCGCUCUAUCAGUCUGUGUUUUAUGACUGCAGUUAUGCUAGCGGGUGGAAAUACAUCCCAAAAACAAAUCGCGUUGACAGCGAAUUUCGAAUGAUUGAGCUGCUGUCGCAAAACAGGGUUCAUCUCGCUGCUCCAGUAUUCGAGCCCAUAAACCGACGGUACAUUGAAUUCCCCUUUGUAAAACUCGUCGAUUACCCUGGGACCGAUUUUAUCACAACUGAGGACGAGACGAAAGGGAUAAACGUUGUCUUGGACGCGGUUCUGAAAUCUUGGCCACUGUUUGUAGUUACUCUCAUUCUCACCGCCAUUGCUGGAGUCAUUAUGUGGGCGCUGGACACGCACUGGAAUAGUGAAGAGUUUCCUCGUUCAUUUAUCAGAGGUUCUUGGGAUGGAUUCUGGUGGUCCUUCAUUUCUAUGACCACAGUAGGGUAUGGCGACAAAUGCCCAAAGUCUGUCAUAGCUCGACUUUUUUCCAUUAUCUGGAUCCUGUUAGGCCUUGUCAUCAUGGCGAUGUUUACGGCGAACAUCACCUCUGCUCUGACCGCUCUCUCCUUGCAACUGGAACCAAGUAGCCUCGUUGGUGUAAAGGUUGCAGUGUUGGGAAAUGGAACAGAAUACCAGCAUGCUCUUGAAGAAGAUGCUGAACCCACAGUAUUCCAGAGAAUUGAUGACAUGAUUCAGGCUGUCAAAUCAAAACAGGUCGAUGGGAUGUUACUGGAUCGCUAUGCAGCUUCCUAUUACCAGUCAAGAAACCAAUUGCAAUCGCUGUACACCGUCAAAACGUUAGAGCUUCAAAGAGACAUUGGAAUUCUCUUCAACAAAAAUAGAAAGGAGCUUGCAGAGUGUUUAUUAAAUUUUCACCGUGCAAGUAUUUGGAGUUCGGUUCAAACCAUAACUGCCACGUACAAGCUUACUCAGCAGAUGCCUGCCAGGAAAGUCAAUCUGUUUGACGAGUCGUCUCCUUUCGUAAAGAGGUUCAUGUACAUUUCGCUCGGAGUAUUAGCUGGAUUGCUCCUCGUUGGAACAUUGUGGAACAUCCUUUUCAGAAAGAGAGGAAGGGCCAAACAACCUAAUACUUUGGAUGCGGCAGCAGUCAGUGAAGGAAUGAUACCAGAUACAAUCCAUGACGAUAUUGAAGCUGCAAGAAGGCUUCUUCGAAAAACGCAAGAACAGUUUGACAAACUGGAAUUCCAAGUGUCAAGAUUAAAAUACCAUCACUAAAUUAUGGUAGUGAGUUGUAAGAGUUCAAACUUGGUGACGUGAAAGUUUCAUUCGGUUGUUGGAGGGCUUGUUUUUCUUUUAAUAUCUCUUCAGUAUAUGUUCAUAGACUUGACAUGUCCGCCUAGGGACAGCAGAACGUGUUUGUGUUUCAUAUCGCUAUUUUAUUGAGCAUUUCUUAUAAUAUAAAUAGACUCACCCCAAAACAUUUAAAGCAAUUUUCUUUCUAUGAAAUCCCCUUCCCCGCAAUAAGCAUUGCCCUCUCAAAAAGCCUUUUAAGCCAUUGCAUGAUUAACGUAUGCAGGUAUUAUUAUCGGAAAAUACCGAUCGAAUUUCCCCUUAGAAACCUCUCCUUGCUUUGAUUUGGGAAAAACCGUUCUCAAAAUCAUCAAUAACUCGUCAAGUUGUAAACAAAGGAUUCAUAACCAUGAGAGAGUUUAACUAGAUUUUUAUUUUCUCUGUUUUCGUCUCAGAGUUUUCAAUGAGAAGAUAUAUUAAGCAAUCCAGACAAUGUUUCCCACAUUUCCAAACACUUCGAAGUUCGUCGAAGAUAAGGCGCGCCGUGUCUUCUAUUGGGAGCUUAAGAAACCACGACGGCAAUUCCGAGGACAACGUCGAUUAAAAUAUGAUUUUAUAUUUUACCUACGAAUCUCGCGGUACCCUAAAGUCAUUUACUUCGUUUACCACUGUCAAAGCUAACACGAAAGUGAAUCUAGGGCACAUCGAUAAAUUCGAAAUGAAAAUUUAAAAAAAUUAGCCGUCGUGGUUCAUGCACAUUAACCCUUUUGUUUAGCGAUGUUGCCGUUCGUCGUUUUCUUACGCUCCCUGUUGAUGUGAUAAGUCGUGGUCUCUGUUGCUUGAUAUAAUUUUGAUAUAAUCCACCCGAUGAUUUCUCCACCCCGUGUGGCUCUCUCCCCUUCCCCUUACCCCUUCUUCCCUUUCUAGGGUUAAAGUUCUUAGGGAACUCACUGGUUAUUUCCUAGUACCUUAAUUACAGUAGAGUUUACAUUUUACUUUCUACCUUUUUCAUGAUAUAUUAUUGGUCAGUAGUUCGAUAUCUUUAAACUAAAAACGUUGGAAUGAAAGUUUCCUGACGGGAAAUUGCAACUGCGUAAAUAACCAUUUUAACAGAGUUGUAAUCAUUUAACAAAACCAGCAAAAAAAGGGCAGGAAGUUUGUAAAUUUUUGUAUGGAAAUAAGUCUUCGUAAAGAUACAAAUGUAUGGUCAUUCGGGUUGAUUCAACUUUUUCCUCUACUGUAGUAAAAAAAAAAUUAGAAUUAAUAAAUAACGAACAACCGCUUUGCCGUCCUCAUGAGGGCAUUGUCAAGUUCAAAAUGUCAGUCGCGAUGAUAUUUGUAAAUAAGAUUAUAAAUAAAUCUUGACAAAUGGGAUAAAGUAUUUAUGAGUGGAAUUAAAAUCAGGAGCACAUUGUUCUAUGUGAAACGUUUUGCACGAAGAGAGUUAGAUUGAGUGCUAAGAACAGGUUUAAGUUCUUUAAUAAACAAUUACAUCUCUUGAAUGAGACCGUCCAG